AUGGAAAUCGGAGCUUCAGCUGUAAUGGAUAGAGAAGAAGACUACAUCAAGCACUUGCCUCCCGGUUUCAGAUUCCAUCCGACAGAUGAAGAAAUUGUGAUUUACUAUCUCGUGAAGAAGGUGAACGACAGCAGCUUCACUGCCGCUGCUAUAGGGGAAGUGGACUUCAACCAUUGCGAACCAUGGGAUUUACAACAGAAAUCAAAGAUGGGGGAGAAGGAAUGCUACUUCUUUUGUCGGAGACACAGAAAGCAUCCAUCGGCGACGAGAGCAAACAGGAUAACGGAAGCCGGGUAUUGGAGGGCCACCGGAAAAGACAAGGAGAUCUACACUACUGGGAAAAACUCUCAAUUGGUUGGGUUGAAGAAGACGUUGGUUUUCUACAAGGGGAAAAGCUCCAAGGGAGAAAAAACUGAUUGGAUCAUGAACGAGUACAGACUCGAACCCAAAUUCUGUCACUCCAACUUCCCCACAAAGCCAAAGGAUGAGUGGGUUGUGUGUAAGGUUUAUCCGAAACCGAAGAACAGCAGCCCCGGGACUAAGGAGAUUGAUGAUGAGGUUUUGGUCUUGGACCCUCCUCUCUGCAACAAGCUGGAAAACCUCCCUUUAAACACCGAAACCGAGGAGCCAGUGGCUGACCUCUCCUGCUUGGCCAAGCAGACUGAAGAUGGCCUGAAAAAGCAUGAAGAAGCUUAUGAGCACUGCAUCAAUCACCUGAUGAUGGCGCCCGAGAACUCCUCAAUUUUCUACUCUCCGGAUCAUGUUUCAAAGACAGCCAUGGGCGAAAGCUGCAGCAAGCCUUUAGAAGAAGAGGAGGAGGAGGAGGAUUGGGCCCGACUCUUAGAGGAUUUGCAGUACUGA